AACACCAGCUACGGAAGCUCACCCAGCUACUGCUGAGAGAAAAUGGCCUUCGUUGGAAAAGUUGCAUACUUGUUUCGGAGCUCUAUCAGGGGCUCACGAUCUUUGAAAGGUUUAACAUGGCGCCGAGCUGUCGUCUGUGGCACUGUUGUCGCGACUGGAUUUAUUGGUUAUUCUUACCAAUAUAACGUGAACCGAAGUGUUCCUCUCUUCGUCGUUCACGCCGAAGAGCAAAAAGAGCCUGCAGCUCCCCAAAUGUCUGCCAGAAAGAUGCGUUUCAUCCAGUUUGCCUCAAUUGUCUAUGAAGAAGAGCCCUACAUGACACCAAGAGACUUCCUCUUCUCUGUGAUGCUGGAGAAUGUUGAUCGAAAGCUCCAGAAGAGAGUCCUAACAACAAAAGAACUAGAACAGAUGAUGGUGGCUGCUUCCAAAGCUCGGCCUGGCAAUACUUUGUUCAGAUUUUGGGGUGACAAUGGUUUGAUAUCCUACACAGAGUACCUGUUCUUGCUGACUAUUCUGACAAAGCCGCGAACAGGAUUUCACAUUGCAUUCAAAAUGCUUGACGUGGAUGGCAACGAGCAAGUGGAUAAAAAGGAGUUCAUGAAGCUGAAGAAAAUCAUUGUAAAAAAUAAAAGGAGCAUUUCAAAGGACAACCCAGAGAGAUCAGUUGAGGACGGAGACCACGUGAACACGACCCUGCAGACGUACUUCUUCGGAAAGAGUGGCGAAAACAAGUUGCAAUAUCACCAGUUCCGCAAGUUCAUGGAGGAUCUCCAGGCCGAGGUCCAGGAGAUGGAGUUCCUGCAGUUCUCCAAAGGAAUGGACACCAUGCGGCGCGAGGACUUUGCCGAGUGGCUGCUCCAUUACACCAACGAGGAAGACAAUGAGGUUUACUGGGAAAACAUGAGGAAGAGGAUCCCUGCUGGCCAGAGCAUCACGUUUGAGGAGUUCAAAGCCUUCUGCCUGUUCACCAACAAUCUGGAGGAUUUUGCUUUUUCCAUGAAGAUGAUCAGUGAAGCCAACCGUCCCGUUGGAAUGGCCCAGUUCAAGCGCGCCGUGAGGAUAGCCACAGGCCACGACCUGUCUGAGAACGUGUUGGACACUGUGUUUAAACUCUUCGACAUGGACGGGGACCACUGCCUGAGCCACAAGGAGUUCAUUGGAGUGAUGAAGGACAGAGUCUUGCGGGGGCUCAAGGUGCAUCCACAGAAUGGCUUCUCUGGCUACUGGAAAUGUGUGAAGCGGGAGACCCUCAAAGGCGCUCAGGAAGCCAUGGGAGGCGGCAGAUGUCCCAUCUGAGCAUCCGAUCGACGAGGACACGUCUGAGACCCGCCACGGCUCCACCCAAGUGUGUGCUUCAUCAGUAGAGAGCAAACUGUCCCAUUCACUUUUGUUGAUGAGUCAAAUUUUCAAGAGCAAAAUUGUAUCUUUGUAAUAUUGGGGGGGAAAUGAGAAUAUAGUUUUCUACCACUA